UUCCGAACCACACAGCUUCAAGCACAGUAUGAGGCCGUCCUAACCACAAUUCUCCUGCUAGCGUGCCGCCUACGCUACGGGCACUCAAAAAUGCUCCGCCAGCCAAGAUUCGCCGCUAAAGGCGGCCGGAGCCUUGCUCGGAGGGAUUGUGGUUGGCAAGCAGGACAAAGUCAUCCAUCUGCUGACAAUUAGUGUUCAUCUUCUGUAUCGUCCCUUCUGACCGUCGGCAUCUCACUUGUUGUUCAAGUCGAGCGAAUAGGUCCGUCAAACCGCUUCGACUAACUUUCCGCGGCUAGAAGUUACAAGUUGGCAAUUGAUCGAGUUUUUUGAGCGCGCCGCUUGUAGGGGGGGUGAAAAGACCAGACCUGCAAUUUUUCCUUUCUCGACCGCCUUCUAUCACUCUCCCGCCUUUUCUACCGAGAAUAGUUUUACGGGUGGGCUGUCGUUUUAAGCAGGGAAAGCCUCGUUGUCGACACCGAACUCCGUAACUCACGUUAUUGCACUAUACAUCUCUAUCACCCUUUCCUUCAUUUGUCUUUCUUUUCCUUCGAUACCCUGUGCUAUACUUUAUCCAAGGAUAUAUUUUGGAAAUCUGGCCCCCAAUUAAAGGGUGAGGAGAAUCUAAAGAGUACCACGUUACCCGACCAUCCCAACCACAGCUCGAACUGGCCCGCGGGAAACCAGUGGACCUGUGGCAGACCGUGUCGCUAGGCUUCUUCUGGGUGAAGCAGAAAACGGGUGUACGCUGGGAGAAAGCGGCGCUGUUUGGAGAAGCCUCUCAAAGUUUGCAGUUUGGUCGCCUCUGGUAUCAAAUCUGACUAUACUGGGGGAGGGUAAGCUAUAUUUAUCCAUCUGAUCGAAGGCGUGGUACCUGGAAAUCUAACGUGCAUUUGGUCUUCUGAAGUCAUUAUUCAACUUUAGUAGGAGUAUCCUAGCUGUGACAAUUGAGAAAUACUCGAGUUGUUCUGUUGAGACUUCUCCCAACACACCCCCUGCCCUUUCUGGCUUGGUAGCCUUUUAUCUCCGUAUUUCAAUACCUUUCGCGUCACUCGAAGCUCUCAGAGACGCGUCUCAAACCAACCCGAAAAAAAUGUCUCCAACUCCUCCAUCUACCACCUCGUCGAGCAUCGGCGCGCAUUCCCCCGAAGGACAAUACAGAGUAGUUAGGAAGCGGAACCGUGUACCGGUUUCGUGCGCACCGUGCAGAAGUCGGAAGCUGAAGUGCAACCGCGGCAUGCCCUGCGAGAAUUGCGUGAAACGCAGCGAUGCCCCCUCGUGUACGUACGCCCAGCCGAAGACCCGGAAGAAACCUGUCAACAGCAAGGAUUCGCCCGUGACUCCUGAUGGAAUGCAGAGUCGCAUUGAUCGACUUGAGUCGCUUGUAUUGUCGCUCAUGACCAAUGGCUCUCAAUCCACCGGACCAACAGCGGCACAUGCAGCGGUUUCAGGAGAAAGCACUAGCUCUGCAUCGCGGCAAGAUACUCAGGAACUCAUUGGUGAUGAGAUGGACGGUGGCGAGGAAGAGAGCGAUACAGAGCAGGUAACCAAGUCAUUUGGGGUGAUGAAGGUUGAUACCAAAUCGCAAAAGACUUACUAUGUCAGCGAAGUGCAUUGGAUGAUGGUUCUUAACGAUAUAUCGGAAGUCAAGCAGUACUUCAUAACACAUAAGAAGCAAUAUGAGGAGCAUGUAGAGAAGAUUGAAGCGGCGAAUAAUGAGCCGCACUUUGCUGCACCCCCCUUGCUUUUUGGGGCUAUGAAACCUCCCUCUGAGAAAGAGAUUUUGUCCAACUUCCCGUCGAGAUAUACUACUGAUAUACUAAUAAAUCGCUAUUUUGAUCACUAUGACCCAUUUACUCAUAUUAUCCAUGUUCCGAGUUUCAAGAGAGAGUACGAGCGCCAUUGGGAAGAUCCGUCGAAAACUAGCCUUGUUUGGAUUGGCAUGGUCUUUGCUAUGCUGCGACUCGCAUGCCUAACAUAUCAUGGUAGAUCGGAUGAGCCCCCAGAAUUCCGAGGCAAGUCCCUACAUAUGGCUUCCACGUACCGGAACUCCAUGGCUCAGUGCCUUGUCCUCGCCGACUAUACAAAACCGCAUUGCUACUUGAUCGACGCGCUUGUUCUUCACUUACACGGCGAUUAUUCACAGGUGAACGAAUCAGAAGUGUCGGUAUGGGUUCUGAUAGGGGUGAUAGUUCGCUUGGCUAUGCGGAUGGGUUAUCACCGCGACGCAAAGAUGUUUCCCAAUAUUUCUGUUUUCCAGGGUGAGAUGCGGAGGCGGUUGUGGGCGUUUAUUCGACAGGCCGAUCUCCUACUUUCUUUCCAGGUUGGUCUUCCUUCUAUGAUUCGUACGGGGGACUGCGAUACAGAGCUUCCACGAAACCUGUAUGAUGCCGAUUUCGACGAAGAUUCGGUCAACCUUCCGCCCGAAAGACCCAUCGAUGAGCCGACACCGAUCUCGUUCCUAAUUGUCAAGACGAGGAUUGCAAUCGCGUUUGGGCGGUUACUGGAAACGACGCAGAAGGUUAAGGGGUGCUCGUAUGAAGAGGUCAUGGACCUCGAUCAUCAACUUCGCCAGGCCCAUGAUAUGAUUCCAGAACGGAUGAGUGUUAAACCACUCGAGGAGUGCAAUGAGUCCCCAUACGUUACCAAGGCAAGAUUUGUGAUCGUAAGUAUCUAUCAUAAAGCACAAUGUGUGCUCCAUCGAAGAUUCCUCAACCGCGGUCGAGAAAACCCGCGAUAUGCGUACUCCCGCCGCGCCUGCAUCGACAGUGCGAUGGAACUCCUCCGAUUCCAAAACAUGCUCCAGACACCGUCCAGAACCGACAAUCGCUUCCAACACACCGUUGGCUACAUAACUACCACCAGCACUCAUGACUUCCUCAUGGCUGGUACAAUCCUAGCCCUCGACAUUUACCAACAAAUACAAGAAAGGACCAGGAACACCGACCGCAACUCCACCGACUCAUUUGCGUCAGGAAUAGCUAGAUAUCAGGAAGAACUUGCGAUGUUGCGCAGGUCCAGGGAUAUCUGGAAUGAAGUCAAAGAUCGAUCGGUGGAUGCGUGGAGAGCUACUGCAAUCAUGGAUGUGAUGUUGGGCAAGUUAUUCCCGAGCCAGUCACAGCAGGAACAGGACAGGAAUAUCCCGUUUACUAUUGCGGGACCAUCGACGGCAUCAACAACGGAAGAGCGGCCGUUUGAGCCGCAAGAUGAGAAGGAAAAUGCCGCUAUGACGUUGGGUCUACUGAGCGCUGGGAUAAACCAGAGCCAGAUGGGCUCGACAGGUUCACCACAGUUUGGUGACACUGAGCCGAUGAAAUUUGAUACGUCUUCUAGUUUUGGUGGCGGUGGCAAUCAGGGAGGAAUGAUUGACCCGACACAGCUGCCGUCGCCUGGAGCAAGUGGCCUGGGCAUGGGUAUAGGAAUAUUUGGCCAGAUACCGGCAAUGCAAGGCUUCAAUAUGUAUUGGGAUGCAUGGGAUAACUACGUCCAAACAGCCACAACGGACUCGAACAGCCAAAACUGGCCUAUGUUUGACAUGCAAGGCUUCUCCCCAGGGCCGUUACAGCCAUCCUCGACCCCACCGCCACCAGCAGCAACACUACCCCAGCAGCAUCAAUCGCAUCUAUCAAACCAACAACCGCAGGAGGAGCAGACUGGUCCAGAAACGACAGGCGGCAAGAGAGUAUUUGCAAUGCAGCAUAACAUUUUCGACGCCGGAGGGCGCGAAUAACUAAACCCUUGUCACUUAUUGGGGGGUUGCUCAUUUGGGAAUAAUUUCCAUUUUCUCUAUGAAGGAAAGGAAAACAAUGUGAGCAUCUUCGUCAUGCAUUGGCCGGUCUGGGUGGGGUUUUGGCCCCAUAAAUUUUGGACCUUGCUUGCUCGGUUUUGAUAUGUUCGUGUGGGUGUGCGUGUUGGUUGCGAUGGGCGGUAUUGGUGUUGGCCUACGUAUUUUUUUGUAUAUAUACCAAUUUUAUGUUGAUAUUAUUUCUGAUAUUAUUUUGCAUUGGACGUUGGAUACUGUUUUCUUGAGGAACUAGGGAAAUUGAGAAGAGAAAUGGAAGAAAUAUGGAGUCUGGAGUCUGGAGCUCGACGUCCCCAUUUAUAUAUGAUGAAAUUUUGAUGCUAGCUACUUCCAAGGGGGUGACGGGCUAGAUAUGCUUGAUGUGCUUUUUUGUCGGAUAUGUAUAAUAUGUUGAUAGCCACAACGGGAAUAUUAUAUAUAUGACUACGGG